AUGUUCCACCUCUUCUCCCACUGCUGGUCGUGGCUGCAGGCCAUACAGGAGCCCACCAGGAAGGUGACCCUCCUCGUCAUGGGGCUGGACAACGCAGGGAAAACCUCCGUGAUCGCGGACAUGGAGAGAGCGCUGGCCGGGGAGGUGCUGCCCGCGGCGCAGCCCGGCCAGAGCCGCCUGCGGGUGGACAGCUUGGAGGUGACGCUGCUGGAGCUGCGCGGGGCACUGCGCGCCUGGCGCGGCCACUGCAGCCGGGCACACGGGCUGCUCUUCGUGCUGGACUCCGGGGACCUGGCACGCAUGGAGGAGGCCCGCAAGGUCCUGAGCCGCGUGCUGAGCCAUCCUGACGUCUCCGGGAAGCCGCUCUUGCUGCUGGCCAACAAGCAGGACACGGCGGCCGCGCUGCUGCCCUGCGAGCUGAUCGAGCGGCUGAGCCUGGAGCGCCUGGUCAACGAGAACCGCUCUCCGUGCCGCGUCGAGCCCUGUGUGGCCGGGCGGGUGUCCCCGGCCCGCGCCACCGUGCAGGGGCUGCGCUGGCUGCUCCGCGCCGCCGCCGCCCCGGCCCCGCCGGACGCCGCCCCGAGGGCCGCCCGCAGGGACCGGCCGUCCCCCGGGGGCGAUGCUCGGGAGGGCGCGGGGAAGGACGGGGAGCCCCGGGCGCUGCGCCCCGCCGGCCGCCUCCUGCCCCUGGAGGAGAGCGCCAAGGGCCCCAGGAGGAGGAAGAGGAAGGUGAAGGUGAAGGUGAAGAAGAAGGGCUUGGGGCAGCCGAGCCCAGCGGAGGAGCCGGGAGUAGGGGCUGCGGGGGGGCUGCUGCUCCCCAACAGGGUCGGGCAGGAGGAGCCCACAGCCAUCGGGACGGCCACCCCCCUGCCAGCACAGGGUAUGAAAAAGAAAAAAAAGAAGAAAAUCAAGAAUAAAAUCAAGUCCCGGGAACCUUCUCUGGAGCAGCAGCGUGAGGAGGUCUCAAGCACCUUUGAUCUGUACCGCCGGGCGAUGCUGGCUCUGAGGAUGAGGCAGGAGCAGAGGAAGCAGCCGUCGGCCAUCGCCCCCUGAGCAGGGUCCCGCAGGAGCCAGGCUGCAGCGGCGGCGGGCCCCUGGCUCCGGCAGAGCUGGGAAAUGGUCCCGGGCAUAAACAGCAUCUUUGUCCCCCGCGCGGCUGGAAAGCCAGGGAUCCGAGGGGCGAGCCAAGGAUCCACAGGGGCGAGCCAAGAGUCCCUUUGUAAGGCUGGCAGCUUCUCUGGCAGCCGGGAUGCAAACCCAGUGAAAAGGGAACUUGCCGCCCCCUGUUAGUAUUCCGUGGAAAACUCCGUGUAAACCCGGAUUGUCUGCGGAGGAGAGGAAGAUCGAGCAAGCCCCAGGGGGACAGCUUGUCUCUUGAGCUGACCUGUGCCCGGGGAAAGCUGACCUGGCCCGGCACUCCCUGCUGCUGCCUGGCACGGCCUCGUUCCCUGCCGGGGAAGGAGGGAGGGCAGCCCCAGGUGCUCUGCAGAGGAGCUCCACAUCUGGCAAGGCUGUCAGGACCCGCUUCACGCACCGGAGGAAGGUGAUGCUGUGCUUGUGCCGCCCGUCAGUGAACAUUUCAGCUCAAAGGCAGCUGGUGGCGGAGGCUCCAUCCCCUGGAGCGUUCCUCCUGACCCUGCCAUCCUUCCAGGAGGGUCACUGUCGCCGGCAGCCUGGCCCCCUGCUGCCCCGGGUGGUCCCUGCCGUGAGACGGGAGCAGCAGCAGCACACCUGCCCGAGCUGAGCCUGUGUCACACCGUGUGUGCCAGGGCAGCAGCAGCACACCCAUCCCAGCCCAUCCUGUGUCACACCAUGUGUGCCAGGGCAGCAGCAGCACUCCUGUGUCACUCUGUGUGUGCCAGGGCAGCAGCAGCACACCCAUCCCAUCCCAGCCCGUGUCACUCUGUGUGUGCCAGGGCAGCAGCACACCCAUCCCAGCCCAGCCCGUGUCACUCUGUGUGUGCCAGGGCCGUGCCAGCGGGCUCUGGGGGUGCCUGGCUGGCAGAGCUGCCCCAGCCCUGGGAACACUUCAGCUGGAGUCCAGGCCUGGGUGGUUUCUCCUGUCACCUGUGGAAAGCAGAGCUGGAGCCUGGGGUGUGCGUUGGUCACCUCUGCUCCCGCGGCACUCAUUAACUGCUCCUGUGGCACUAAUGAACAGGCACUGCCUCUGCAGCCCGGGCAAGGCAGAUCACUGAUGCCCUUCCCUUGGCAGGGCUGGAAGGGAAAAGAAGAGAAACUGGCUGCUCUGCCUUGCCAGCCUGCCAUAAAGCUCUGACUAACUCUGCUGUAUUCAGCUGCUGGGGACUCCAAGGAUUAUUUGUGAAUAAACUGUAAAUAGCAGCAGCAGAAGUUCAUAUCCCUGUAAAUACAGCACUUUCUGUAACCCUUGUCCCAGUCUGGUGGAGUUCCCUGGGAUGUGGGUGCUGUGGGUACAGGGGAAAGUGGGGACCAAAACGAGAUGGUGGUGAGGGGUACCCUCCCAUGAAUUUGGGUUUGUUGGAAAAUGCUGGGCUCCAAACGUGCAGCUGCUCUGCAGAGACACACUUUCUGUCUCUUGUGCACAUCAACAGCUUUCUGCAAGGAGCCAGCUGGGUGACACAGCCCUGCUUUGCAUUUCAGCACUUGGAUGUUAUCUAGCAUUUCCUUCCUUUGCCGUUCACAGAGCAGCUGACUCAGGAGUGUCAGGGUAGGCAAAAUAUUGUGCCUGCUCCCAGCAGCACGGUCGUGGUGCCUCAGCCUGGGCUGUGGCUGCAUUGUUGUACAGUGCUGUGUGAGCUCUGCAUUUCUGCAGCUCUUGGUGCUGCUCUCUCCCAGACCCACGUCUGCCUGCAA